AUGUCGCGCUCCUUCUAUGUGGACUCGCUCAUCGUCAAGGACGCGGCGGCGGCGGCGGGGGGUCCUGCUCCGCCGCCGCCGCCGGGCCCCGGGGACUUCCACCUCCUCCCGCUGGGCGUGCCCUCGCCCCUGGGACUCGUCUCGGUGGCCGGCGGGCCCGCCUGCCCGGCUGCGCGCAAGAGCGGCGCCUUCUGCGUCUGCCCGCUCUGUGUCACCUCGCACCUCCACGCAGCCCGGGCGGCGGCAGCAGCAGCAGCGGGAGCCGGAGGAGGAGGAGGAGGAGGAGGCGCGGCCAUCCCCCUGCUCAAGGGACACUUCCCGCCCGUCGGGGCGGCAGGAGGCGGCGGAGAAGGCCACUAUUGCCCCCGCAUGGGCCAUGCCCAGCAGCCGCCCGCACCGCAGCACCACCACCCGCAGCAGCAGCAGCACCAGCAGCAGGCGCACGCUCUCGGCCACCCACCUGUCUGCGCCGCCGCCGCCUACAGCGUCAGCGACCCCCGGCGAUUCCACUGCCUCGCCAUGGGCGGCUCCGACGGCAGCCAGCUGGCCAACGGCAAGCGGAUGCGCACGGCCUUCACCAGCACGCAGCUGCUGGAGCUGGAGCGCGAGUUCUCCUCCAACAUGUACCUGUCCCGCCUGCGGCGGAUCGAGAUCGCCACGUACCUCAACCUGUCCGAGAAGCAGGUGAAGAUCUGGUUCCAGAACCGGAGGGUGAAGCACAAGAAGGAAGGCAAAGGCACCCAGAGGAACACGCACGGCGCCUGCAGCUGCACCCCCGCCAACGCCGGCCGCUUCCCCCGCUCCGAGGACGAGGAGUCCCUCUCGCCCGCCUCGCCCAGCGAGGACAAAGAGAUCUCGCCUCUGUGA